AUGUAAUAGGACAUUUGUAAAGUCGGAUAAUACUUUUAAUGGGAUUAAAGGAAAGUCUUGGGAGAGGGAAGGAUUAGUGUGAUAUAUGAAGGUAAAAAUACUAAGGAUAAUUCGGCCGUUGGGCUAAAGAAAUUUAGAUCAGAUAUGCUAAAGGAUAAAAAUUUCUACUUGAGAGAAAUAUUGAAAUAAGAGGAAUUACUUUUAAGGAUGAUGCAACCAGAAAAUUUUAUAAAAUGCAUUGCUCUUGAGGAGACAUAGAAUUCAGUCUAUUGGAUAACAGAAUUGGCUGAGACAAGCUUAAGAUAGUAUUGUUUUGAUUUAUUCUUAGGGAGUUGAUUCUUGCAGAAAAUGGUAAAUUGAAAUUGGAACAAGUGACAAUGAUUUGUAAAAAUUUACUAGAUGGUUAUCUCUUUCUGAUAAAUUAGAAUGUGUUGCAUUAGGAUAUUAAACCAGAAGGAAUUCUAAAGAAGAACAACCAAUAUUAUUACUCUGGUAAUGAGUCACAUAUGACUUUUAGAUUUGGGCAAUGGGUAUAUGAUUAGUCGAUUCUAAGGCGAAAAUAUCCAAACUCCUUAUUAGUCUCCAUAGAGGACUUUAAAUUAAAUCUACACUAGCAAAUGUGAUGUGUGGUCGGUUGGCAUAAUAUUAUAUGAAUGUCUGUAAGGGUCAGGUAAAAGACACAUUAAGUUUAAGUUCCAAACAUCAUUAUAAAUGAAACCUAAGUAUCAAAGGAAUUCACAAAUGCAUAUUCACAAGAACCAAUCUACGAGUUUAUUAUCUAAUGCAUCAAAUAUUCAGAGAGCGAAAGAUUAAGUUGGGAGUAAGUGUAUUAACACCCUUUUGUAAUAAAUUAACUGGGCAUUAAUGUCGAUGUUAAAAUAGAAUAAAGCUACACAUAAUUUAAGGAAUAGUUUUUACAAACCAGUAGCAAAGUGGAUCUUUAUCUAAUGAUCGGAAUGAAUUCACAAAGUGAUAAUACUGAAAACCUGUCAAAAUAAGAGUACAUCUAACUUAAUUAUUUGAUAGAUUUAUUUAAAGUGCUAAAAGAUUAACUAAUACUUCAUCUACAAAAGAAAUUAGUUCUUUAUUUCAUGAAAUAGCUGGGUUCAAAGCUACCCAUAUCACUAAUAAAGACAUUAGCAACUGGUAAAACAGAGUCAAGAACAGAUUAAAAGGAGAUAGAGGUUAUCAUUAUCCAUUGAUGCCCUAAGAACAAACUGAACAAGACAAUCAACUUAAAAAUUUACCUAUUCUUAAAUGGACUAUGAACUUGGAUAAGAAAAAAGUAAAGAAUAUUUCACUUCUCUACCCAGAGGUUGUGGAAGUAUUAUUGAGCAUCAAGGCAUCUAUGAUAAAAUUUGACACAAAAAUAAACGACCUCUUUAACAAAUAUGAUCCUAAUUCAAUAGGAGGAAUAACCAAAUAAUAAUUGGAUAAAUUAAUUCUGUAACUUAAAUAAUAUAUCCUGUAGGAAAAUAUACCCAGAAGGUAGAAAUGACGUAGUGUUGAGUCAUGUGUUUCAAUUUAUCAAUUAAUUUUAGAAUGGUAAAAUAACUAAGGAGGAAUUUUAAUUCUGCAUUUUUGACUUAGAUAUUUAGGAGAUAACUAAAACAAGAAAUUGAG